AUGGCUCUCUCCGUGGCUGCUCGAGCUGCCCGUCGCCAGCUCACAGCUUCUCCUACACAAUUGCGCAGGACAAUUGUACCUGUAGCUUUGAGACGACCACAUCAAUUUCAAAGAGUAUUCUCUAGCUCUGCUACUAACCCACGACUCCAACCGCUUUCCGGUCAGACAAUCCCUUCCGAACGCCGAGGGGUAUAUACUACUUCCCUAGACGAGCAUGGAGAACCUAAUCCGCGAGAUUUAUUUCAACCGUUGGAUACUUUCCCGCGAAGACAUAUUGGUCCUUCUCCCGAUGCGGCGAAGGAGAUGUUAGCGACUCUCAAUCCGCCUGCGGCAUCGUUAGAUGAGUUUGUGAAACAGGUUCUGCCCGCCGAUAUUCUCUCCAAGAAAGAUUUGGUCGUUACGUCUCCCAAAGUGCCCGCCGCGGCGGAACUUUACCGUGAUCCCGUCGAUGGUGGACUUGGUGAAAGCGAUAUGCUCAAAUUACUGGGCGAGUACCGUAAACAAAUCAGCACAGUGGGCAAGUCGUUUAUUGGUGGCGGUUAUUAUCCUACGGUUGUUCCACCAGUGAUUUUGAGAAAUAUUCUGGAAAACCCGGCUUGGUAUACGAGUUAUACCCCCUAUCAGCCUGAGAUUAGUCAAGGUCGAUUGGAGUCGUUAUUGAAUUUCCAGACUUUGACGGCAGAUCUUACUGGUUUGUCGGUUGCUAAUGCCUCCGUGCUGGAUGAGGGUACCGCUGCGGCGGAGGCUAUGACGAUGUCGUUGGCUACUGCGCCAAUGGCCAAGCAGAAGAAAGCUGGAAAGUCGUUUGUUGUUUCGCAUCUUUGUCAUGAGCAGACUAUUGCCGUUAUGAGGUCUCGUGCUGAGGGGUUCGGAAUUAACCUGGUUAUUGGGGACAUUCUUGCCGAUGAUGCUAAGAUUGUCAAGGAGCAAGGCGAUAAUUUGAUUGGUGUUUUGGCACAGUAUCCCGAUACAGAGGGAGGUGUUCUCGACUUUGAGUCACUCGGUAAAACCGUUCAUGAGCUUGGAGGUGUUUUCUCUGUUGCCACUGAUCUGCUUGCAUUGACUGUUCUCAAAGCACCUGGCGAAUUCGGUGCUGAUAUUGCCUUUGGAAGUGCUCAGCGACUUGGUGUUCCUAUGGGUUUCGGUGGUCCUCACGCUGCCUUCUUUGCUUGCACGGACAAGUACAAGCGUAAGAUUCCAGGUCGUCUGGUCGGUGUGUCCAAAGACCGAUUGGGCAACCGUGCUCUCAGAUUGGCUCUGCAAACUCGCGAACAACACAUUCGUCGUGAAAAGGCUACAAGUAAUAUUUGCACUGCCCAGGCAUUGCUCGCUAAUAUGAGUGCCAUGUAUGCAGUGUACCAUGGGCCUCAAGGCCUUAAGGUCAUUGCUCAACGCAUCAUGGCCAUGACAGCUUUGCUUCGCGAGAAGCUUCUCGGAUUGGGAUAUGAUGUCCCUGUCCGUAGCAACACCGCUGAUGGAGGAGUUCUCUUCGAUACCAUCACCGUUGAGUUACCAGACAGUAAUGCAGCAGAGACUCUUCUCGCAGCUGCAAAGUCAUCAAAAAUCUACUUUCGUCAGGUUGCACCUAACAAGAUCGCCUUGUCUCUUGAUGAAACCGUCGGCAAGAGCGAGCUUCGUGAAAUUCUACAAGUCUUUGCUACUCAAUCGUCCAAGGGCGGGGAUGUCACCGUUGACAACGCUAUUUCUCCCAUUCCAGUUCCAGCCAGUCUUGAGCGAACAUCUCCCUACCUGACUCAUCCCGUCUUCAACUCCUACCACUCUGAAACCGACAUGUUGCGAUAUAUCCACCAUCUCGAGUCCAAGGAUCUGUCGUUGGCUCACUCCAUGAUUCCUCUUGGAUCUUGCACUAUGAAACUCAACGCCACCACUGAGAUGAUUCCCAUCUCUUGGCCCGAGUUUUCCCAGAUUCAUCCUUUUAUGCCCGCUGACGCUGUUGAAGGGUACACUCAAAUGAUCGAUGAUGUUGAACAACAACUCGCUGAUAUUACUGGAAUGGCAGAAGUCACUGUUCAGCCCAACUCCGGUGCACAGGGAGAAUUCGCUGGUUUACGUUUGAUUAAGAAGUACCAAGAAUCUGUAUCUGGUGGACACCGUAACAUCUGCUUGAUCCCUGUAUCUGCCCACGGAACAAACCCCGCUAGCGCAGCCAUGGCCGGUAUGAAAGUUGUUACUAUCAAGUGCGACACCAAGACCGGUAACCUCGACAUUGAAGACCUAAAGGCAAAAUGCGAAAAGCACAAGAAUGAACUUGCCGCGAUUAUGAUUACAUACCCUAGUACAUUCGGUGUCUUUGAGCCUGGUGUCAAGGAGGUCUGUGAUAUUGUGCACAAGUACGGUGGUCAAGUCUACAUGGAUGGCGCCAACAUGAAUGCUCAAAUCGGAUUGUGCUCUCCUGGUGAGAUUGGUGCGGACGUGUGCCAUCUUAACCUACACAAGACCUUCUGUAUUCCCCACGGUGGUGGUGGUCCUGGUGUUGGUCCCAUCGGCGUCGCUGAGCACUUGCGUCCAUUCCUUCCGUCUCACCCAUCCAGCGAGUACCUGCAAUCGAAACGAUCUGACUCCACUGCAUCAUCACCCAUCAGCGCCGCUCCAUGGGGUAGCGCCAGUCUCCUGCCGAUUACUUUCAACUACAUCAACAUGAUGGGCGCCAAGGGCCUCACACACGCUACCAAGAUCACGUUGCUCAAUGCAAACUACAUCCUCGCCCGCGUCAAAGACCACUACCCAAUCCUCUACACCAACGCCAACGGCCGCUGUGCCCACGAAUUCAUCCUCGACGUCCGCCACUUCAAAGAAACCUGCGGCAUCGAAGCCAUCGACAUCGCCAAACGACUACAAGACUACGGCUUCCAUGCGCCCACCAUGUCCUGGCCCGUCGCAAACACGCUAAUGAUUGAACCCACUGAAUCCGAAAAUAAAGCCGAACUCGACCGGUUCUGUGAUGCGCUCAUUUCGAUUCGUCAGGAGAUUGCUGCUAUUGAGAAAGGUGAGCAACCUCGGGAAGGAAAUGUGCUUAAGAAUGCGCCUCAUACGCAACGCGAUUUGUUGUUGGGGGAGUGGCAGAGACCGUAUUCAAGGGAAAAGGCUGCGUAUCCGUUGCCGUGGUUGUUGGAGAAGAAGUUUUGGCCUACCGUCACACGAGUCGAUGAUGCAUUCGGUGAUCAGAAUCUUUUCUGUACCUGCGGCCCUGUCGAGGAUACAGCUUGAAUGUGACGUGGACGAGUUAUACGAUACCCUAGAUAAUCUCCCUUUCUUCUCUGAUGGUGUUGCAAAAGCAGGCGUUCCCCUUGGUUUUGGGGUGUAUUCAUUAUGCAUUAAAAGGACUGUUUUACUAUUUCAACAUAUAUAUACUUAUAGACGACUAUUGUUGGUGUUUGUAUAACGCCAGUACUAUUCAAUCAACUUC